AUGACGGAGAAAGAACUCAAUCAGCACGUGAGAAAGGUUCAGCUGACGCCUCCCGUGGGUACGUCGACAUACCACCUGGCCCGCCUUGUGGCUGACGAGAGUCGGGCGACGAGCAUGUUGAAGAAUCUCGUAAACGUUAUGUUCACCACUCUCGACGUGACCAAUAGGUACCUGUCGUCUUGGGAGGAGCUCGAGGCCGCGGGCGUGGAGGCAGAAGGAUUCGCGAGCCAUCCCCUGCACGCCUACGCCCUCACCAAGCACGUGAGUCUGGGCUGGCCGCACGUGGAGGGUUCCUUACGUGCGCUCAGCCACCUUUCGAAAAACGUGGAAUGGCUGUUGUCCCGGAGAGAGAAGCGCGGCGUCCCCACGGGCGAGGACCUGGCCACGGUGGCGGGGGGGCUGGCCAGGCUGCACGACUACUACAGCCUAAACCUCACCGCCCUCGCCCACGCUCAGCUCGUCUCGGCGAUCGACGCCCGCGCGGUCCCCGUCAAGACCUCGCCUACAGUGCUCGAUCUCCACCGCAUCGGCUCCGAAGCCGUGUCUCACAACGUCCUCAACUCCGGCGUAGACUUCUUGAGAGCUGCCCUGGACCGCUGGGACGGAAACGCCUCCUCCGUCAGGAAUUCCGAUACCUUCGAUGCCCAUCGGGAGCUGCGACAAAUUGACCUGUCUUUCAGGAGAGCCGUUAAAAUACACGACCAGGUUUUAGAGAAGAAAGGUCCGCGGUCUGACCUUCACAGCACCUACGCGAGGCCCUUUAACAAGACAUUAGCGAGGAAGAAGAAGUACCACAUGAAAGAGGAACUUGUCUUGGGCGUGAAAGGGAGCCACCGACAGGGCUUGAAGCAGUAUCGUCGCUUAUGUCGCGGUGAGGAGCUUAGGCCAGUUGACAUAACGUCACGCCUGUACUGCCGCUACGUGACCAACGGCUCGCCACUCUACAGGAUCGGGCCGCUGCGGAUGGAGGUGCAGUCGCUGGACCCGUACGUGGUGACGCUGGAGGAGGUGGUCACGCCCUCGGAGGCCGCCGAUCUGGUCCUCGCCAGCGCUGGUUACCUGGCCAGGUCCUCCACUGUUAGGGCGAACGGAAACUCCACGGAGGAUUUCAAGAGGACCAGCUCGACAGCCUGGAUGUUGGACAAGGACAUUCCCAUCCUGCCUGUCCUAACCAAACGCAUUGAACAGCUGGUUGGAGUGAACGCUCAACUCUUUGACGGAGCGGAAAUCUAUCAGAUCCUGAAUUACGGCGUGGGGGGCCACUAUACGGUUCAUCACGACUCCUUCGUGUAUCCUCGGGUGGCAACGUUUCUCAUAUAUCUAUCUACCGUUCCACAAGUAACGCACGCCCAACUUUCGGCAGGUGGGCGCACGGUGUUCCCCUGGAUAGGCGCGGGCGUGCGACCCAAGCGUGGAUCGGCGCUCCUCUGGUUCAACAUGGACCGCUCUGGGAAACCGGACUCACGACUGCAACAUGGCGCUUGCCCGGUCCUCUUGGGAGACAAAUGGGUGAUUAACAAAUGGCUGUACUACACUGGACAGCAGAAGACUCUCCCUUGCAUCCCAGGCAAUCCCGAGGCCACGGUCAGCCAGCCGCUGUACUGA